AUGGACGGACGAGCCAUCUGGCUAGCCCUCUGGGCCUGUCUGCUAGAGAUCGCGCCGUCGCUUUCAAUCCACUGUUUUGUUACGUUUGCGCUGAUCAACCAUUACUUCUCUUCAGGACCCGGGCCACAGCCUCUGAGAGGCAUGUCUGGUUUCCCCGCACAGCAACAAGCACAGGCUCGAAACGCGACACUGGCCUCGGCGCGCUUGCCUAACGGAAAACUCGCGGCGCCAACUGGAAUUUCAACUUACCUGUUAGCGGGACACCAGGACUACAAGGAAAUCAGCAGCGCAACGUUGGAGCUAUGGGGACAUUUGCGCAAAGCAUUAGUGGGGGAUCGCAGCCUGCUACACCUCUUGAUCUCUCACUUCCCUUCGCUAUCAGGAGCGCCUCAGCAAUCCCAGACCCCAAACCCAGGGCUAGUGUGGGGUCAGCGUGCCUUGCAGCAGACUCCACAGAGGCAGCAGCACCCGACAUCCCAAGCACCCUCACGCGCCCCUCAGACACAGUCGCAUCAUCCGCAACAACAAUCGCAGCCAUCACACGAUGAUGUAUUUCUCUCUGGUGCUCAAUUCGCAAACCGUCUAGACGACUUUCGAAAUGGUGGACAGGGUAUCAGCGGUCAAUUAGGUGGUUCUGCACAGCCACAGACAGGCAACAUUGACGAGUUCCCCCCUCUGGGACGUAAUGUCGCUGCGGAUCUCGGCCAAGAUCGCAGAGAAUCUCUGAUGCAAAGUGCUGGACUCGGUAAUUUUGGCGGCACAAUGCCCUUCACUGGCGCAAACCAGAACCAGUCUGCUCAAAAUCGCACCAUGAUUGGAGGGUCGAUCAAUGGACAAGAUACCUCGAGAAUGAUGUCACCUACAAAUGCUGGGUCGACGGCCAUCGGAACCUCACGCUCACCCGUUAACCAAGGAGCAAAUGGAGUUCCAGGAUCGGAAAAGGAGGACUUGAACGUUACUACAAUGGCGAAUCAGCAUAAUUUCACAGAGCAACAGCAGGCGCAGCAACCUCAGGCUGCAGCCGGCGAAGCACAAGACGUGACUGCAGCCGCGCAAAGCACUGAACAGCAACCACUUGCUCAGAUGAGCGAGCUCGACAGGUUUGGACUCGCAGGCUUGCUCCGGAUGAUCCACAGUGACAGUCCCGACGUUGCGAGUCUUGCAGUGGGUCAAGAUCUGAUGACUCUUGGUUUGGAUUUGAAUCAGCCUGAGCCUCUUCACACCUCUUUUGCGUCACCUUUCGUUGCAUCGAUGUCGGCCGUUCCUAUGGAGCAGAAUUUCUCCUUGCCUGCAUGUUACAAUGUUGCCAAUAUCCAGCCUCUACAAACCCGUAUACCCAGCUUCAGCGAUGAGACAUUGUUUUAUAUUUUCUACAGCAUGCCUCGUGACAUUAUGCAAGAGCUAGCUGCAGAAGAGUUGAUGGGCCGCAAGUGGAGAUAUCAUAAGAUUGAAAGGUGCUGGCUUACACGCGACGAAACGUAUCCCGGUCCUGUGGAUGUUGAACCUCGCGUCAGCGAACGUGGUGUUUAUCUGAUUUGGGAUCCCACUACCUGGAAGAAGAUUCGGCGUGAGUUUAUUCUUCGCUACGAGGACCUGGACAACAGACUGGAUCACAACAGGGGUCUUGCACGCCCUCUUGGAUUCCCUCAUCAAGCUUCAUGA